CGCGCCACAACUACCACCACCAACAUCGCCCCUCCCCGACACCUCUCUCCCCUUCUACCUCCCACACCCACCCCCCUCUUCCCCACGAAUUGCCCGUUGCCCGGAAUUUCUUUCUUCGACACCAAAAAAAGAGGCUCUGCCCCAGAUACAAACUCGCCCGCGCCCCGAGCUUCCCCCCAACUGGCUUUCGCUCCUUCGCCCAUUUCCCACCCGCCAUCUGGUCCCUUGACUCGCCAAAAAUCUUUCCCGCUGGACAGGGCCACCCACAUACCGCGCCCGCAAUGUGGUUCCGCAAGAAGGACAGCGACAUUGAAAUGUCGGGCAUGAUGGAAGCCGAGCAGAAGAAGAAGACGAAGACGAAGAAGUCCAACGGCCCUCCCGAAGAGACGGAAUACCAAAAGUUCGACUGGAAACGCUUCUUCCUCGCCCCAAAGUACAUACCAUGGCACAUAUUAUUCAUCAUCAUUGGCAUCAUUACUGUCAUCAUCACCAUCAAGCACGACGAAGUUGUAGAGAAACUACGACCAUGGUCGGAAAAAGUCCGUGAUUUGCCGGCAGGAUGGUUAAUACCUAUUGUCAUUCUCGUUAUUAUUUCCUUCCCGCCGCUUUUCGGCCACGAGAUUAUUGCGCUGCUGUGCGGUGUUGUCUACGGGCUCUGGAUCGGUUUUGCCAUUGUUGCAGCGGGCACUUUUAUCGGCGAGGUCGGCACCUGGUACGCGUUCAAAUAUGCUUUCCGCAGCAAGGCCUUGAAAUUAGAACGCACAAAUCUUAAUUACGGCGCUAUGGCCCGUCUGACGCGCGACGGCGGCUUCUUCAUCGUCCUCAUCAUCCGACUUUCCGCCAUCCCCGCACAUUUCUCCACGGCCGUCUUUUCCACCUGCGACGUCAAGUUCUGGCAUUUCGUCGUCGCAACCUUCUUCUCGCUACCCAAGCAAAUCUUCCUCGUCUACCUCGGUGUGCUGCUCCUGCAACAAAGCAAUGACGAUGUCGUCAAAACGGUCAUGUUCGGCGCCGUCUUCGUCAUCACCAUCGUAAUGGGCAUCUGGAUCUACCUCAAGAUGCGCACCAUCAAAAAGCUGUUGCUCGAAGAGCAGGAAGUGAGGCGCGUCAAGAAGGCUGAGGCCGUCGAGCUCGUGCCUAACCCUGAGAGUGCGUACCAGAGGCGAUACGACGAGGAGUCUGCGACGGAGUGGGCGCCCAUGCAGCCAAAGCAGGUUAGUAGGCCGGUAGAACGGCGGUACGAUGAAGAUCAGGGAGACUGGGCCAUGCAGCCUACACAACCAACGAGAAUGGUUUGAGAGAGGGCUUUCCCUUACUUUUUUUCCCUUUCCCCUCUUUGCACCACUUCUCUUUUCUCCAAACUCAUACUUGAGAAAACGUCUUUUUAUAUGUUCUCCGUUUGUACCAACAAAAAAGACUUAAAGAGUCGUUUUUUAUUACUUAGGAUUAUUUAGGUAUUGGUAAUGGCAUAAUGACGUAAUGAACUUUUCUUCGUUCAAUCAAAAAAAAAUUAUACAACC